AUGGAGAGAGGGGGUGGAGGAGGUGUGCCCCCAGACCUGACCCCCGAGGAGCGGCUGGAGCUGGAGAACAUCCGACGGCGGAAACAAGAGCUGCUGGUGGAAAUCCAGCGGCUGCGGGAUGAGCUGAGCGAGGCCAUGAACGAGGUGGAGGGUCUGGAGGCAAAUGAGGGCAGCAAAACCCUUCAGAGGAACCGGAAGAUAGGGAUGGGCCGCAAGAAAUUCAACAUGGAUCCUAAAAAGGGCAUCCAGUUCCUGGUGGAGAACGAGUUGCUGCACAACACGCCCGAGGAGAUCGCCCGGUUCCUCUACAAGGGGGAGGGGCUCAACAAGACGGCCAUCGGGGACUACCUGGGGGAGAGGGAGGACUUCAACAUCGCCGUGCUGCACGCCUUCGUCGACCUGCACGAGUUCACUGACCUCAACCUGGUGCAGGCGCUGCGGCAGUUCCUAUGGAGCUUCCGCCUGCCUGGGGAGGCCCAGAAGAUCGACCGCAUGAUGGAGGCCUUUGCCCAGCGUUACUGUCUCUGCAACCCCGGCGUCUUCCAGUCCACAGACACCUGCUACGUGCUCUCCUUCGCUGUCAUCAUGCUGAACACCAGUCUCCACAACCCCAACGUGCGGGACAAACCUACUGUGGAGAGAUUCAUCACCAUGAACCGGGGCAUCAACGACGGGGGCGACCUGCCCGAGGAGCUGCUGCGGAACCUGUACGACAGCAUCCGGAACGAGCCGUUCAAGAUCCCGGAGGAUGACGGGAAUGACCUGACCCACACGUUCUUCAACCCGGACCGGGAGGGCUGGCUGCUCAAGCUGGGGGGGCGCGUGAAAACGUGGAAAAGACGCUGGUUCAUUCUGACUGACAACUGCCUGUACUACUUCGAGUACACCACGGACAAGGAACCACGGGGGAUCAUCCCACUGGAGAACCUGAGCAUCCGGGAGGUGGAGGACCCCCGCAAGCCGAACUGCUUUGAGCUCUACAUUCCCAACAACAAGGGCCAGCUGAUCAAGGCCUGCAAGACGGAGGCCGACGGGCGGGUGGUGGAAGGGAACCACAUGGUCUAUCGCAUCUCGGCCCCCACGCAGGAGGAGAAGGACGAGUGGAUCAAAUCCAUCAAGGCUGCUGUCAGCGUGGACCCCUUCUACGAGAUGCUGGCCGCCCGCAAGAAGCGCAUCUCAGUCAAGAAGAAACAGGAGCAGGCGUGAGACGGGCCGGCCAGCAGGCUGCCUUUCUGUGCCCCCCCCCCCCAACCCACCUCCCUGGGCGCCGCUGAAACUGACACCCCCCUGGGUCAGGGGGCCCAGCCACGGACAGACAGAUGGACAGAGCAUCACUGACUUCCCCUCCCCCAGCAUCUGUGUGCACCCUGAUCUGUC